AUGGACACGGAGAGUGUUUUCACUUCGCGAGUAUUUAAGUUCGUCAUCGGAACCGAGAAGAGGGAGUUUCAUGUUCAGGAGAAGCUCAUCGUCCCACACUCAAACGCAUUCACGAGGAUGUUCAGUAACGGAAUGAAAGAAUCCCAACAGGGUUUGGUUGUUCUCGAUGACGUAGAACCCGCUACUUUCUCGAGCUUUCUCUCAUUUGUCAUAUACAACGACUAUAACGUUACGGGGUCAGAAACACAUAGAGAACAGCAAGUGGAGGCCGAUGCGAAUCAGAGCCUCCUGAAGGACUGCGAGUCUCUCCAGGAUCGUUAUUAUCCUCACUCAAACCGCCCCAAUUUUAUCAGAAAAGUGCCAAACUUGAUGUACAUCGCUUUACUCGUUCGGAGUGGAGAUCGAGGAAGAUGCUACGGCCCUCCAGCUGGCUCGCCUGAUUCUGGACUGCUUGGGUUUGACGUCAUCCGGGACUUCAAAUCGGCAAAUCUUUUAUACGGUUUGUUCGCAUCAUAUUAA